AUGCCGACGGCACGCUCGGUUCCUGUGCCUCGCGCUGUCCCAAAAGUUGACGUCAACGCGGUUAACUUUCCCAUUUGCGUGCGAACCUUCUUUGCAGAAGGUGAAAAAUCAGCUCAAGGCAACGCUACUGCUCUGCGCCAAUUGGCCUACAUGAAGAGCGAAUAUCGCAAGCUGUAUGCAUUCAAGAGGGCCUCGAAGCUCGCUCACCAAAAGGAGCUUCAAAAAGUUUUCGACCAAGCUAUCGUUGUGAUCGAGAAAACCCUUGACGUCAACAAGCGCAAAUACAUGCGCAUCUACCCUACCAUGGACGUCCUCGAACAGAAGCGUCACUUCGCCCACCUGGUUCAAGAGAUGGAGUCCUUCAAUGCACACGUAAAGGCAGUCGGCAUUGCAAAGCUCCCAAAGAACGCUUUCAAAGACCACGACAACGACGGCGACUACAACAACGGAUGCAACAAGCAUGGCAAUCCAUUGCCUUUCGCUCGUCUCAAUCGCAACAUGGCGCCAAACCUGAGUUUGUUGUGGUCGUCAUUUGCGAGCUUGCUUGCUGACGCCGCAUCUGGUCCGUUGACGUCCAAGGUGGGAUCUGAAUCUGGUCCGUCGACGUCCAAGGUGGGGACUAAAUCUGGUACAACAAAGUCUUUUGCGAGGAAGGCCCGCUUUGGCAAAGCUUGA